AAUGAUAAGCGUACGUAGAAAACAUUCGAGCGUUCGAUAUAGAAAUCUAUAUGUUUUAACGGUAUAGCCUAAACGAUCACAAUAGUUCCUUAGGGUGUCGGUUGAUGUUACCCAGUUUUUCUAGUUCUACAGCUGAGCAAAAUGUCAGAUAAAGUGAUCGUAACUGUGAACGAAGGUAAAAUCAAAGGUGUCAAGAAAACGUCGAGUUUUUCCGGCGUCGAAUACUGCUCUUUUCUCGGAGUACCUUAUGCUCAACCUCCAGAAGGACAGUUGAGAUUCAAAGAUCCUGUCAAAGUAAAACCGUGGAAAAAUGGAAUCCUGGAUGCGACGACAGAGAAAGGAGGCUGUCGACAAUUUUGUAUAUUUCAAAAAGAAAUAACCGGCUCGGAAGAUUGUUUGUACAAUAAUAUCCAUACUCCUAAACUGCCAUCAAAAGGUGAUCCACUAAAACCAGUAAUCGCUGUUGUACAUCCAGGAGGAUUUUUGUUCGGAUCAGCAGAUCCACAAAGUUAUGGAUCGCCGGAGUUUGUCAUCCAUCAUGACGUUGUUUUUGUCAGCAUUAGUUUUCGACUACAUAUCUUGGGUUUUCUGAAUUUGGGCCUGAAAGAGUGUUCUGGUAACCAAGGAAUAAAGGACGUCCUAUUAAGUCUAAAGUGGAUUAAAGACAAUAUAAAAGUAUUUGGCGGUGAUCCUGACAAUAUAACUCUACUGGGAAGCAGUAGUGGGUCAGCAAUAGUUCAUGCGUUGAUGAUCUCACCAAAAGCUCAAGGUUCAUUUCAAAAGGCAGUAUUGAUGGGCAUGUAUGCCACGAAUCCAACCUUAGUUGCACCGAAAGAAAACAUGACACCAGCUUUUGAGCUGGCAUUAUCAUUAGGUUACGAUGGUGUAGAUAUGAAAGACAAAAAAAAAUUAUUAUCAUUUUUUAAGAAAAUUGAUAUCGAUAUGAUCAUAACUUUUAAACCAGAGUCACAUCUUCACGAAGAGAAUGCGCCAUUAUUUCCUGCCUCUAUGUUUGUGCCCAUGUUUGAUGAUGAUGAAGAUUCCAUAUUACCCAUGUCAGCUCUAGACACAAUUAAAUCAACUCCUCGAAUACCCCUAUUGAUUGGAUUCUGUGAUAAAGAGGCCGCUAUGGCAUUUACUCGUAAAUUUAACAAAACAAUAACGAGAAAUUUCUAUUCCACUGUUCGUCAGAACUACUAUGGAUGGGGACGUGAUUUGAGUAAUGAAGAUUUGAAACAGAUGCAGAAAGAAAUUGAGAAAUUUUAUUUGAACGGCAAUUCCGUAGAUAAUGCACCUUUAUCGUUAAAAGUCGAUAUUCAGACUGAUGUAGCUUUAUCCGACGUAUAUGAUGCGGUGAUCAAUGUAAUAGCUGCAGAUCGUCCUGAAUCUGUGUUCGUCUACAGGUUUGAUUACGAGGGAAAUUUUAGCACAAUGAAAGAUAGGGUUCUAGCAUUGAUUGACGAACCUUUAGAAGGAAGUGUUCACGGAUGUGAUUAUAGCUAUUUUGUUUUUAUGAAAGAAUUCAACACUGGAGCAAGAUUCACUCUUACAGAAAAAAGUCAUAAAAUGGUAGACGUUUUUACAAAGCUAAUUUGUACUUUUGCCACGACAGGAAAUCCGAAUUACACAGGUGUAGAAGUUCAAUGGGAGCCAUCAACGAUAGAAAAUCCACGUUACUUGAGCAUCAACGAGCCACUAAAAUUGGUCAAUGGUAAAUUAAAUGGAGAAAGAAUGGAAUUUUGGGAAAAUUUGAAAAGAAAAUAUAAAAAGGGCUGAAAUGUUUGAAAGAUAUUAUACAUGGAUUCAUGCCCAUUAAAAAAAAGUAUAUUUUUAUCAUUAUUUGUAAAUAAACUACAGAUUUUUAUCAACUA